AUGAAAACGGACAUGACGUCAGAAGCUGCAACAAACUCCGAUUCAACUAACAGCGAUACUGGCCCACCUCAGCUGGCUGUUGGUCUUCCAUCCAUGAAAGAUGUUACAACAACAUUGAAACAGCCAGAUCUACCUGCUGAUAUUCUUUUAGUAACAGUUAAGGACUGCGAGUUCUUAUCUUGUUACAAUGAGCUAAAAGAUCCCUUUAGAUGUUAUUUUGAUGGUCUUGGUUAUGUUUACUUCGCAGACGUUGUCGGAAGUCAGCCAGGGCGAGUGAAAGUAGCACUAAUGAAGUGUCAUGAAGGUUCUAACGGUCUGGGUGGCUCUCUGACUGUCGUUAGAAGUGCCGCCCCUAUUCUACGACCUAAGGCCGUGAUAUCUGUUGGAGCAUGCAGUGGUCUCAACCCUAACAAAACCAAGUUAGGUGACGUUGUUGUAUCAGCCAAACUAACAACAUAUGCAUCCAAAGUAGUGACAAGCGACCAAGAGCAGUGGGCUGGUAUUUGCAGUCACGUCAGUAGACGGUUUCUUAACAUCAUCACGAAUUGCGCUGAUGGGUGGCAACCACCUUUGAAGAACCCAGAAGAUCGCUACAUCAACGUUCAUAACAAUGGCGUGUUCUUAAGUGGUCCAGAGCAGAUCAGAGCAGAAUGGAGGCGAAAAGAACUUCUAGACCGUCAUCCCCUCGCAACAGGUGUAGAGAUGGAGGGAGAAGGUGAGUGCAUGUCACUUUUAAAAGUGCCUCAAGCUUACGCCAUGCGCAAGACCCCAACGUCAUGUGGGUAGCUAUAAUUCGACCAUAUCUUCGCCGUUGUCAAUGCCAAAGAAUGGUGUACUAACAAGUCGCAAACGCGUACCUUUAAUAAAGGUACGCGUUUGUGACUUGUUAGUACACCAUUCUUUGGCAUUUACAUUUUGGCAUUACAUUUUCAUUGCUUUGCAUUCUUGUCACGUGUGCUUUUUGUCUUCGUUCAUUGACAUUAUAAGCUGUAAACCUAGAAAUUUAAAGAGAGAAGAAAUAUUAUAGUGAAUUUCUCCAUGGCAAUUACUUUAUAUAUUAGUUGACAGUUGUACCGUAUUUAUUCGAAUAAGCGCCCAUCCUAAAGGCAGAAAGAGUUAAUAAGCGCCCACUCCCAACCCACCUCCCUCCCACUCCAAGUCAGACUUAAAUAAGCGCCCACUUCCACCCCACCCCAUUUCCCCACCCACCCCCCCUCCCCAAAAAAUUGAAUAAUUACUAAAAAGAGACUUCCCUGAAGACGGAGUUUUUUUCAGAGUGUUUUACAGAAACCUUGUUUUGUUAUGUCUUCAUGUUUUGUUAUUACCAUUUAUUAUUUUGUUGCAAAAUAAACAUACUGCACUUGCUUAAAAUGGUGAAAAAUGUAAUAAGCGCUCAGCCUCGAAUAAGCACCCACUCUGAAGGUCCAAAAAUUUAAUAAGCACCCAGGGCGGUUAAUCGAAUAAAUGUGGUAUUGGAUCAUAACGUGAAAAUAUAGGUCACGUGUUUACACAGAAAGCAAUAACUGAUUUAACUUGUCCUUUAUCGACUGAUAUAUAUAUAUAUAUAUAUAAAUAUAUAUCUGUCUGGAUUUCAUACAAGGUGCCUGUACUGAGUCUCUAGACGGUCAACUCCAAGGAGCCAUUACUCACCCUCCCCACCCAUGAAGCUUAUAGCUAGUCAAUCACUUCCCCCAAGCUCUGCUAGUAGUGUUAUGAUUAUGAGUCACUGCAUUGAUUUGGCUGGCCUAGGCCACAGGAAAAAUUCUCUGACUUUGCACUGCUUUCUGACAUAAAACUCUAACCAAAGUGACAAGAUCUCCCCUCCCUACCCCCCUGGUUUUCACACAAAACAAGGAAGCCACCCAGCCACGGAUAGGUCUGGGCCUGGCCUCUCAGCUGACACCUAGCAAGAUGGCAAGCCCCCUUGUUUUUUUCCGGCUACACUGGCUUGAACACGGGUGAUGCCUGUGUUCAUUUGAAAACUUAGCAUGCACCUUUUAGCAAAAUCACACAGAAAAUAGCCUGGAUAUCUCUAACCCAAGCACAAUCUCUUAGCUUCUGACAACAUUUGCUAGCUCAGGGAGUAGCAAUUGCAUUCCCGAGCAAUUAAAUUCCCCACCGGGCUCAGAUAAGCACUUAAUAUCUGUCUGGAUUUCAUACAAGGUGCCUGUACUGAGUCUCUAGACGGUCAACUCCAAGGAGCCAUUACUCACCCUCCCCACCCAUGACGCUUAUGACUAGUCAAUCACUUCCCGCAAGUUCUGCUAGCAGUGUUAUGAUUAUGAGUCACUGCAUUGAUUUGGCUGGCCUAGGCCACAGGAAAAAUUCUCUGACUUUGCACUGCUUUCUGACAUAAAACUCUAACCAAAGUGACAAAAUCUCCCCUCCCUACCCCCCUGGUUUUCACAUAAAACAAGGAAGCCACCCAGCCACGGAUAGGUCUGGGCCUGGGCUCUCAGCUGACACCUAGCAAGACGGCAAGCCCCCUGUUUUUUUUCCGGCUACACUGGCUUGAACACGGGCGAUGCCCGUGUUCAAGCGAAAACUUAGCAGGCACCUUUUAGCAAAAUCACACAGAUAUAUAUACUUGUUCGCGUACCUAACUUCCUCAAGUCUAAAGCCUUGUCCACGGCGGAACAUUAUUGAAUCAAUUGAUUUUCUUUAUACUCUACAAUAAAAUAUUGAAUAUCGUUUCCAUGAGCGUCCCAACCCCCACGUUUACGUGGAAAAGCUGGAAUAUGCUAUUUCGCAACGAAACAAAGAAUAUAUUUUCUUCCAUUUUAAUUUCCUAUUACAUGUUUCUUGCCUUGUGGUAAUAAUAUAUAUUUUUGUUUCGAUGAAAAUAUUUUGUGAAAAUCGCAUGACAAGACACUUCCGCGGUCCGCUUCACAUAGCAGACAUACACUUAGCGACAUUUUCGCGCAAAAAUAGAGUCAAACAAGAGUCAUACAUGUAAUCGGUAAAAUAAAUGGGAACAUCAUUUUAUUUGUCUAUGGUGUCAGAGUCUGAUCUGGGAUCGCCUGGAUAGGUCCGACAUGGACAGCUUUCAAUCGUAACGCAGACCUUUAAUUACAGCCGCAAAUUAGGCUUAACCAAAGAAAAGGAAUUAAGUCAGCUGUAUUUAAAAAGUGGUUAUUUUUGAAGAAACUGCGGUACAAGGUCGGUAGAAGGGUGAAACGCAAUUUUUUUCAACUGAAAUUAUAGAAUUAAUUUUAUUAUCGUAGAUCAUCAUCAUCAUCGGUCGACCGAAGACCAGUCGACUGUAAGGCGUCUCCAACUAACUUCGGUCUUGCGUAGUGGGCACGAUGCCUCCCUCUUAGAAAUGCUUAUUGGGGUCGGUACAUUUCUGUACUUGGCUGAAAAAGGACUUCUGCGGUCUCCCUGGGGGUUUUCUACCGUGGAGGGCUUAUACAAGGUGUAGAUGUUGGCGGGUUUUACCUGAACGUAAAAGAGAUUGCAAGUUUGAUAUUUCAAACGCCAGCCCUUUGUCAGAGCAAACCGAGGUAUUGUUGUCUGGUUUAUCCCAUAUAUCGAGUGGUGGACUUGGAGCAACCCUGUUGGUGGCGGUAUGGAAACAUGAAAAAAAAAAAACAACAGGAAUAAAGAAAAUGUAGGAAAAAUGUCCACUGAAAAAAGUUGUUGUCAAAAAAGCAAAACCAAACAUCACGAAAAUCAUAACCUAUCCUACUUUCUGUCCUUGGGUUGUAGGCAUCUUUUGAUUCAGUCUUUUCUUGUCUCUGGUCUUUUGACUUCCAGUUUGCAAUAAAAGAGAAAUUUUCAUUCAAGUUUAAUCGUCAAAAAUAUUAAUAGAUCCGAAUUUGAAAGUAAAGAAUUGCAAGUGAGUCUAUGUGCCAGGCAAUUGAUUUUUUAGUUUCUUUCAUAGAGGUCAUUUACAAAAAAUAAUAUAUCCUAAAUGUGUUCCAUAUUUUAGGUGUUUUCACAGCUGCAUAUGAUACUCAACUCGAGUGGCUCAUUGUUAAAGGAAUAGCUGAUUUUGCAGAUGGUGAGCAAGUGAAUGCAGGAAGUUGGAAAGCCUGUGCUAGUGCGAUGGCAGCAUCUCUUGUCUCACACAUACUAAGUGAUCCUGGUGUUUUUCGUACUUGGCCUCAUUACCAAGGUAUCGAUUGUUUUUAAGUUUAGCUAGUUAUAACUUAAUGCAGGGGUAGAAGAGAAUUUGCGUUUAGUUGAAGGUACUUCUAAUUAAAUGCGUUUCUCCAAUGUUCCAUAUUCAUUGCCAAGUGACCUCACAUUAGUCAUGAAACAAGAUCGGCCUUAUUAAACUAUGAGUUUAACGUUUUAAGAGUAAACCUCCCUCGAGUCGCAAUCGCCCGCGUAAGACGUCUGAAUCUACGAACCGCUAAUGCCGUCCAGUGACGUCACUACUUCUCUGCGGCAAAGACAGAAAUAUUGUCCGGAGAGGUGUACAUGGUACAGAAUUGUUUUAAAUACUAGAAGAAAGUCUUAACUCAUGUUACAUGUUAAACUGUUGACUGGACGCUGUAUUCUAAACGAAUCUCUUGCUUGUAUCGCGCCAUAAUUAAUUGAAUAAUCAGACUCGAUCUCAUCCACGCAAUAAUGAAAUACACAUGCGACACUUCCUUCAAUUUGCUUUAAUUUAAAAGAAGCUAUUUGGUCCUUUAGGAAGAAGAAAGCAAGCAAGCUAGCUAGGAAAGAAAGAAAAACUAACAUAAUCAUUGUACUUGCCAGUGGAAAUGACAUUAAGUUAGAAAAUUUGCUUUCUUGACACAGGCUUGUUAUAAAUCUCACAAAAUCGAUCACUUGAUUCGCUUCAAAAGCGGAAGCUAACUGAGAACCAUGCAGUUAAUAUAUUAGCCACAUUCUUUUAAAAUUCUCUUCUUUAAAAUGCCUUCCCAUUACUUGUUUCGUUGUUUCUGUACACUUUGUGCAUCUUCAUUUUAAAACACAGUGAGAAAACAUAAAUCAAGAGUCGCGCACAUAGUGAAGCAAAAAAGGCUCAUCAUAGAAUUAUCUUUACCUCAGUCUACACUUUUGAAUCAAUUGUACUCAAUUACAGCCUAUCAGGAGGCGCAAAUGAGGUCGUAAAUCCGCCCCACCCAGCGGCUCCAAAUACAACGUUGUGUCUAUGUUCAAGUGGUCCUAGUCUCAGAAUUAUGUUUUCUUCAGCAGGUGCUUUCUCCAAUGAUCAGAGCUCAACACAAACCAAAAGGGGAAUGUAUACUGUUAGUACAUCUCAGCAAACUGAGUCCAUGACCCAGCAGCCUCUUGCAGGUAUCUCUUGGUUAAGUUACAAUAUAUUGAAUUGUGAACGGGACUAAAAAUCUAUGGCCAGUUUAUGGUUCACUGUAUACUUCAAUUAAAGUCCACCUUUGAAACGUAUAUCCGCUACCUGUUCCGCUAGUUUUUUUUUGUUGUUGUUUUUUGUUGUUGUUGUUGUUGUUUUUUUUGUUCCCUUUGUGCCUCACAUCCUUUUCAAAAUGCAGUAAAAAAAAAAAAAAUAGAGCCAGGAGGCAAGUGUGUCACCUGAUAGAGAUGGCUUCAACGAGUCCGUACAUGUACUUGUGAACUGAGGUCGUGAAUCUCCUCUACCAACAACAAAUGUAAAUGCUGUGUGGCAUUGUAAUAAAACGAAAUCGAUCUAAUUUGUAGUAUUUUGUCUUCGUAGGGUUGCCCACUUAUAUCACAGAAAAGAUUCGUCAGCUUUACCGAGGCCGUGAAGGGAAACUAGCACCAUUCGCUUGGUGUGAUUAUCCUAAUUUUAAUCUGAAUGCUAUGUUAACACGAUCGAAGAUUGUGGACAGAGAAACAGCGCGAGGAACAUUGACCGACGAUGAAAUCACCAACAUGACAGGCAUCUUUAGACCCCACCCGAAGUGCCAGAAGCCUCAUAAAGUAUUGAUUGAAGGGGAUCCUGGCAUGGGAAAAACUACCUACUCACAAAAACUGGCGUAUGACUGGGCAAACAAACAAAAUGAAUGGGACCCGUCCUUUUCAGAGAUUGAAGUUUUGCUCUUGCUUAGAUGCAACGACAUAAAAUCGAGCAUUUGGAGGGCUAUUGAUGAUCAAAUUCUUCCUGAAGAUAUCGACGAAAAGGCCAAGGAGACUUUCUUCAAAUACAUAAAGGAAAAUCAAUCCAAAGUUCUGCUAUUGCUGGAUGGAUUAGAUGAGGCAGACCCCUGUGAACAAGACAUCUACCUCUCGCUGGUCACGUGUAAACUCCUCUCAGCUUGUCACGUUGUCAUCACUUCGCGUCAUGAGGUUGGACAGAAAGUAAGCCGAUACUGUGAUACCCUGUGGGAGAUUGUAGGAUUCACCAAAGAGGAUUCGAAAAGCUUUAUCAGAAAAUUUUUUCGGGGCAAGGAUCACUUAGCUGAGAAGUUUAUUAAUGAUCAUGUUGAAUAUUGGUAUGCUGACCCAACUGAUGAUAUUAACCGCGGCUUCGCCGAUUUGGCGAAAAAUCCACUUAACUUGACUUUACUCUGUUGUAUUUUCGAAGAUUCCGAAAAAAUUUUUUCUGAAAGCAGCAGAACCCGAUUGUACAUUGAAAUCGUUCUCCUUGUUUUAAGAAGAUAUCAAGAAAAAAAUGGACUUAAAAGCAGCAAUGGUCAAGACUUGAUUUCAGUUUAUAGGGAAAAAAUCAAACUUUUGGGCCGGUUCUCGUUAGAUUCCCUUCUUAAGGGGAAGUGGUACUUUGUAAAAGAAAAGGAUAUGGACAACUUUGGAUUCUUCUCUUUUCAACAAGGCGGCACGAAGAGCAAACCUUGCACACGCUGUGUAUUUUCACACAAAAGCUUUCAGGAGUUUUUUGCUGGUUUUUAUCUUGCGUUUCAGAUUAUCGACGGACAAAUUAACUUUGCCGACGUUUUAACCGAUGAAAGAUAUUUGAAGGAACUGAAAGGGGUCUUUUUGUUCAUGAGUGGAAUCAUGGCAUCAGAAAGCGAGAAAACUGUAAAAUCCACCCUUAUUAGUAUGGCCAAGCAUAUCAGUGGUCUUCUCCGUACAUCUGACCAAAACGUUAAAUCGUAUAUGGCGUUGGCUUGUGCGUGUGUUGUGGAAUGCGAUCUAAGCCUUGUAAAAUGGAAAUGGAAAGAUGAAGAGAGAAGGCUAACUUGCUUAAGAUAUACUUUCGCUAAGCACCUUGACAUGUCCUCCCUCACUGAAGUGGAUUUGUCCAGCGCUGAAAUUAUGAAUGUUGGUGCUGUUGUGAUUUCCGUGGUCCUCGAAAGAAGCUCCUCCCUAACUCAUUUGGAUUUGAGUUUCAACCACAUUGACGACGAUGUUGCUUCUUCCCUUUCCUGGUACUCCUCCCUGACUUUUUUGAAUUUGCAGGGUAAUUUUAUUGGUGACACCGGUGCUUCUUCUCUGUCGCAGGCCCUCAAAGCAAACUCCUCCCUGACUAAUUUGAAUUUGAGUCUAAACAGUAUUGGCGACGCCGGUGCUUCUUCUCUUUCUCAAGCCCUCCAAGCAAACUCCUCCCUGGCUAAUUUGAAUUUGAGUCUAAACAGUAUUGGCGACGCCGGUGCUUCUUUUCUUUCCAAGGCCCUCAAAGCAAACUCCUCCCUGACUGAUUUGAAUUUGAGUUCAACCAGUAUUGGCGACGUUGGUGCUUCCUCACUUUCUAAGGCCCUCAAAGCAAACUCCUCCCUGACUAAUUUGAAUUUGAGUAUAAACAAAAUUGACGACGCCGGUGCUUCUUCUCUUUCCAAGGCCCUCAAAGCAAACUCCUCCCUGACCGAUUUGGAUUUGAGUGAUAACAGUAUUGGUGACGCCGGUGCGUCUUCUCUUUCUAAAGCCCUAACAGCAAACUCCUCUCUGACUGCUUUGGAUUUGAGCUAUGAUAUUAUUGGUGACGUUGGUGCUUCUUGUCUUUCCCAGGCCCUCAAAGCAAACUCCUCCAUGAACAUGUUGGAUUUGACUUAUAACAGUGUGGGUGUCGCUGGUGCAGCUUCUCUUAAUGAGGCGUGUAAGAUAAACAAAAAAGUGGAUGUACGUUUAUAA